CGAGGAAAAGCCCCAACACUCCAUGCUGCGACACCUGACCACUAAAAUAAAAGCCACAGGUCCGGUUCCGGUGGCGGAGGACACGAGGGAGGUCCUCACCAACCCAGUGACAGGUUACUACGUGAGGAACAACAUGCUGGGACCGGACGGAGAUUUCAUCACGUCACCAGAAGUCAGUCAGAUCUUCGGAGAACUGCUCGGCGUGUGGAUCGUCAGCGUGUGGAUGGGAGCCGGUCGACCCAAACCGCUGCAGCUGGUCGAGCUCGGACCUGGGCGAGGAUCGCUGGCCAGCGACGUCCUCAGAGUGAUCAGUCAGUUGCGGUCCGUACUGGGCCGGGCCUCCGUGUCCCUCCACCUGGUGGAGGUGAGUCCGGCGCGGAGUCGUCUUCAGGACCAGAAUCUGACCGGAAGCGGAAGCCAGGAGGCGCACGCUGAGGAUGAGCCGGUGUCCCGCCGCGGGGAAACUGCCCCCGGGCUGCCAGUGUCCUGGUACCGCCACCUGGAGGACGUCCUCACAGCGGACCCAGAAAGGCUGGAGGGAGGUGAUGGUGGACAUCGACCCAGAGAGGCCCAACCAGCUGAGGUUCGUCAUGGCGCCGUCCCCCACUCUGGCCUCGUCCACACUCGUACGGGUCGGCUAACUGACAACUGAAGUCGUGGUUGUUGAAGAGGCAUGCUGGGACGUGGAGUACAUUCCACUGAUUCUCCUUUAAAUCAGUGCUGUAGUGUAACUAACUACAUUACGUACUUGUACUUUUUACUCCACUACAUCCAUCUUUGUUGUUGGACAAACGGUCCAAAACCCACAUUUACAGAGAAAAUCCUCAUAAGUCCUUUUAGAACCAGAGGUGGUUUGAUAUUUUUGAUUGAUAAACUACUUAAGAGAUUUAUUAAUAAUCAAAAUGAUUAUGAAAAUGUGUGUAUCUGUCUGUCUGUCUGUCUGUCUCAGGCAGAUGAAGGGCGUGGCCACGUGGAGGUUCUCUAUUUCUCUAUUUCUAUCUAUUUCCACAUAAUAAUUAGACGUUAUGUGAUGUGGCCUAUGUGAAUAACUGAGGGUAACGAAAUAAGAUUUACAGCUUUGAAGUGUAUUUGUAUAUUUAUUUAAAAAAAAAAAAUACAAUAUCAAUGCAUAAAAUCACAUCACAUAAGUCACAGUCCACAUGGCAUGACAAUAAAUGUGGUUCCUGCAGGAAAAAUAUAAAUUGUAUUGUAAAGUUCUUUAUAUAAUUAUGCUAAUGUUACAGUAAGUUAGGCCAUAUCUACCUUAUAAGCUACAGUGAGCAGGCCCAUACAUAUUUUGUUGUGUGUAGUAGCCAAACUUUAUUCAAAAUUUAAUAAAGGAUCCCAAUUUCCCAAACAUCCCCAAAAAUACAAAAUUACACAGGAAAGUUUAUAAAUGAUACACCUACAAAUGUUCCACUCUAUGUAGUAAACCAUAAGAAAUGUACCCUCAGGUUUUAAUAUUUCACUCCAUUAAUGUAUGUGCAAUUCCUUUAAUAAUGGAAAUAAAAGAAUAUGUGAUGCUGUGUGAUGAACAAUCUUAUCUAAUUUUCAAGAUGAUUAUGGGGGAAAAACAACAAAUAUUGAAACAUAUAGCCCCCAUAAAUUGUAAAGGCUCAAUAAGUAAGAAUGGAUGUGACAGUUACGGUUGUUGUUUACAAUUUCCUGUGGGUAGCCUAAACUCAGUUUCUGGCAUUUGUUAUUGCACAAUCAGCUAUUUGAUUUUGUGAACCGACAUAAUUACAGAUAGUGUGAUUGCUAUCAGACACAUCAGUUUUAAUUAUGAUUUAUUAUUUAAACAGGAUGUUGGGGAGUACGUAAUGAAUAUUGUAAGUAGGCCUAUAAUAAAUUCAAUGGAUUCUCACAUAGUUAAACAUGAAGGUAUUAACAUGUCAUUCAUUUUUUGUGUAUUAAUCCCAAGUGACUGGUUGGUACGACUUGAGGGCACUGCAAACUGCACAGAGAGCUGCUGUUUGUGUCAGAGAGCUCUAGAGGGAGACAUCUGCACAUUUAUAGGAUUUACAUUGAGUUUUGAACUGUUUGGUUCUUGAAUUACUCAUCAGGUAUUUCAGGUGCACAUUUUGAAAAGGCAAUCUACAUUUUUUAAUUUGUCUUGCGACAUCUGAAGAAAACCAUUUCAUCAGAAAAGUAUGAAUGGAAGCAAUCGGUGUAUGCAUUAAAUACAAUCUUUGUUGUAAUAUGUAUACAUGUGUACUUUGAAGUAGCAUGUUAACCAAAAAGAUGAGUACAGUAUACAUCUGUUAACAAUUUAGAAAAAUAUACACAUUGGAGAUACAUGUGGGUGGUACAAGUAAUAUAAGUGAUAAUGGAUUAAAACUAAUAAGAAAUAGAGUGGAGAAAAAAAAGCGUUUGCAUGAGAACAUUCACCAGAGAUAGAGAUCAUAUCGUCCUCUUCUAUUUCUUGCUCAGUGAUAGUUUGUGUGGUCGGAAGUGUUGACAUACAGAUCCUCCCACAAGACAGAUCUGAUAGGAUGUUCUACCCUCAUGAAGUGAUAAACUCAUACCUUUAACUGCUGCUGUGCACAUAUUUAUGGCCUGUAUAUAAUGUCAGUGAUGGAAUGGUAACUCAUUUACUGUGCUGUACUGUAAAAUGUGAGGUACCUGUACUUUACAUCAUUUCAUCUUAUGCCAUUUUAGAGGCUACUUCUACUCCACUACAUUUCAGCAUAAAAAACAACAAAGAGUUCAUAAAACAUAUUUUUUUCCAAAAUGAUACUACCCAACAGUUUAUACAAAUACAGCUGAAAGACUUAAGUGAUUAAUUGAUUAGUCAAUUGACAGAAAUUAAUUGGCAUCUAUUUUUAAUCUGCCUUCUUAAUGCAAAGAUGCCGAACAUUUAUUUACAUACCAGUCGGGGGAACUAUUUUUUUUCUUCAACACUUUCAAUACUUUAGCUCUUUAAUGCAGGACUUAGACUAUCACUGAGUAGCUUUACAGUGUGGUGUUAGAUACUUUAAGUAAAGGCUUUUAAUACUUACUCCACCACUGGUGUGUGUGUGUGUGUGUGUAUGUGUGUGUGUGUGUGUGUGUGUGUGUGUGUGUGUGUGUGUGUGUGUGUGUGUGUGUGUGUGUGUGUGUGU